AUGCCCAUUCUUGACAUUUCAUUUGAGAUCUCUAAUUUAGAAUUACGUUUAAUUCCAAAUGCUUCUGCUGGCACUAAGGGCCGUUUUCUUUUAGAUACUAUGGCAUUAUGUGAUCUAAAACAAUAUAAUAGUUCUAAAAAUCAGAAUGAUCGUCUACUUGAUCUCGUAUUAUCAACUAUGGACGAACUAAGAGUAAAAGAAGUAGAACCAUUAUUGAAACUGGACGGUCAUCAUCCAUCUAUAGAAAUUAAUCUUAAUUAUACAAAUAAUAAACCAAAUUUUGUUAAAUUUAAUCGUAAACUUUUGAAACCAAAUUAUCAUAAAAGUAAUUUUGAAAAAAUUAAAGAUCAUUUAAGAAAAGUUAAUUGGCAUGAACUGUUAAAUGAAUUGGACCCUGAUAGUGCUGUUGAUGCUAUGUAUAAAGAACUUAAUUCAGCUAUUUUGCUGUUUGCACCGUUUAAAAAUUUAAUCCUAACCAAUACACAUACUGGUUUAACUUUCCUCUAA